AUGAGUGCCCAACACCGUCAACUCAGACGCGCAGCUCAUAUCACAAAAAUCGCUUCUAUCGAUUUGUGCAGUCUUGAAGAGGAGGAUUCAGAAGAUCUGGUUCUUGAAGAAGCAUCUAGUAGUCAUCACAAUAAUCAGAAUGAGAUACCAUCUAACCGUCCACCAUAUUCCACUUUGAUUCGUAAGAGAUCGGGAAAGGCAUUGAGAUUUGUUCGUCCGAAAUUAGCUGACAUUUGGCAUAGUCGGUAUCAUGAAGCUAGUUUUGAUCUUGGACGUCGUCUAGGAAUUGGAAGACGUACUCAAUCGUGUUGUGAGGAUGUUUUAGAUGAUCAGCGAACUUUCCACGUUAUUCUUCUGAGCCCAAACCGGGCCUUUUCAUAG